CUUCAUUUUAAUUUGUGUUCAAAGCAUCUUUUUGGUAAGAAAACAAAAAUCAAAGUGUGAAAAUGGCAACGGAUGCAACAACUUUUCCAGAAGGAGAUGCAGAAGCUGAACUAAAUCCUGGCCAAAACAAGAAUUUCGAAGUAGAUCCUGUUUCUUCAGAGAUUGCUGCCGAUAAGGUACAAAAAAUCGUCGAAAAGAGGGAAAACGCAAAGGCAAAGAGAGACGCAGCGCAAACACUUAAAAAGACGAUCAUAAUAUCAGCAGUGAUCGUGGCCGUCGCAGGAGCCGCUUUUGCUAUAACCAAGAAAUUGAAAGAGAAUAAAUGAUUUUAUACAAGUUCAUUUCUCAAAUUUUCUUUUGUAACUUUUUUCUUACAUAAGAAAUUAAGAAAAAUAAC